AUGCAUUUCAGCGCCCUCCUCGUUAAGACGCUGCUGGCCGGUGGCGCCAUUGCCGCCCCUUCGAUGCACAGGCGCCAGCUGCAGACCAUCCAGGGUGCCAUCACCACGGUGCAAUCAGCACUGGAUGAUCUCACCACAGCCGUUCAGAGUCUUUCUGGAGCUGACGCCAACUCGGCGGCGCCCAUCCUGACGGCGUCAGAGAAGGUCAAGACGGCCAUCGGAACGGCGACGACGCAGGUGCAAGGUGCCCAAGCUCUCAGCCUCAUGGAGGCUCUUGGGCUGCAAGACACGGCAUCGGGCCUCGUGACAUCCGUUCAGGGUGUGACCACGGCUCUGACGAGCAAGAAGGCAGACCUUGAUCAGCUCGGUGUGACCUCUAUUGCUGUGCAGACGCUCAAGGACCAGCAGGCCUCGAGCAAGGCCCUCAGUGACGCCAUCGUGUCCAAGGUGCCCGCCAUUGGCCAGGGCAUCGCCCAGCAGAGCACACAGCAGAUCAGCGAUGCCAUCCAGCAGGGCAUCACGGCGUUGUCGGCGCCGCCUGCCGCAGGAGGAGGCGCCGGCGGUGGUGCUACUCCGGCCCGUCCUUCGCAGCCAGCUCAACCCUCGGCUCGUCCUUCUCAGGCUCCGGCCCGCCCUGCCCAGCCCGCUCAGCCUGCCCAGCCCGCUCAGCCUGCCCAGCCUCCCGCUCGUCCUGCUCAGCCAGCUCAACCUCCUGCUCAACCUCCCGCUCGUCCUGCCCAGCCUCCCGCUCGUCCUGCCCAGCCUGCCCAGCCCGUAUCUCCUGCCUGCCCCGCGCCGGCUCCCGUUCCCGCCCCCGGUAACGGCAACGGCGCUGGCAACGGCACUGGCAACGGCACUGGCAAUGGCAACGGCAACGGCGCGGGUGCCGGAACUGGCCGUGGCAACGCAGGCAAUGCUGGAAACGCCGCCACGCCCCCCGGUGCUCCCACUCCCAUCCUCGAGCCCAGGCCCAAUGCGGGUGCCGGCGCGGGAGCUGGAGCUGGAGCUGGUGCUGGCGCUGGUGCUGGCGCUGGCCGCGGCGCUGGCGCGACCAACGGCACGGCGACGAACAACGGAGGCAGGGCCAAGCGUGAUCUAUCCGUUCACGCGAGGGCCAUGCCCAUCGCGCUCGCUCUGGAGGCUUGA